AUGGAUAAUCAGAUACGCGAGGCAGCUGAACUUGUGCGAGCUAGACAACUGCAAGCAGCUAACCUGAUUUGCUUUCUGGUGGCUUUCGUUGCACUACGUAGAUUGUCAACCAGAAGUCGUGCUAAUUUACCUACUAAUGAUGAAAUUUUACAACGACGAUAUGUGCGAGAAGAGAUGUUACACGACCUUUCAAACGGCGGUAAAUGUCGUGAGCUUAUCCGCAUGAGUGGGAAAGCUUUUAUGACAUUGUGCAGUAUUUUAAAGUGUGAUGGUGGACUUCGAGCUACUCAACGCAUGUCCGUUGAAGAGCAUGUUGCCACAUUUUUGCAUAUUGUAGGCAAUGAUUUGAGAAAUCGGUUUACCUCGUGGCUAUACCGUCGUUCUGGGUCAACAACUAGUCGGUGCUUCCAUAGAGUUUUGCGAGCGAUUAUAUCACUAGAAGGUCGUUAUAUUCAACAACCUAAAGGUGAUAUUGUCCCAAAAGAAAUUCAAGAAAAAAAGAGAUUUUAUCCUUUUUUUAAGGACUGUAUCGGUGCAAUUGAUGGAACACAUGUUCGCGUCAAAGUACCUAAUAAGGAUGCCCCUAGAUAUCGUGGUCGUAAGGGAUACCCGACAACAAAUGUAUUGGCUGCUUGUACAUUUGAUUUAAAGUUUACGUAUGUGCUAACUGGAUGGGAGGGUACAGCAUCAGACUCAAGAAUUAUAAAGAAUGCGCUUACUAGAGAUGAUAAACUAGUAAUUCCAACUGGUAAUUUGUUCUACCAAAUUCUCUUAAAUUGUUUAAUAAUGUAUUCUAAUACUAAUUACAAGUUGUUUAUAGGUAGAUAUUGUUUAGUAGACGCGGGUUUACCUCACACGAGUACCCUAAUGGCACCAUAUAGAGGUGUUAGGUAUCAUUUGAAAGAAUACUCCACGCGUGCCUUGACUUUCUUGUUGCCGUCAAAGAUGAUGAUGAUUAUGAUGGAAAUUGCUAGACACUUUAACACCCGGGUUUCACACCCUCCAUCAACGCGUGCCCCUGAGAAUGCAAAGGAGUUGUUUAACCUUCGUCAUGCAUCAUUACGCAACGCAAUUGAACGAGCAUUUGGUGUCCUAAAAAAGAGGUUUCCUAUUAUUAGAAGUACAGCGGAACCAUUUUACUCGUGCGAAACACAGUCUGGCAUCUUUUUGGCAUGUUGUAUUUUACACAACUUUUUACUAGAGGAAGAUCGUGACAAGGAUCUUGAAGAUGAGGUCAUACAAGAGGUGUUAGAUGGACCACAAGAGGAAGAAAGUCAAAUUACAAGAGAUAUACGUGAGGGUAGUACGAGAUCUGAACAACUAAGGAACUCAAUUGCAAAUGAAAUGUGGACUAACUAUUUGACUUAUCCAAACAAUGAAAUAGAUAUGUCAAAGUAGUUUUAGAAUAGUACAUU